GGGCAGGGUUCGCCCCGCCGCGCACACGGGGCCGGGCCGGGCCGGAGCGGGGCGCAGAGCCGGGUCCCCCGAGGCUGGGGGGCCGGGGCCGGGGCAGGCUCCUCCCGCCGGGGGCGCAGCCACAGCCCGAGGGAACCGAGGUGACGAAUCGCUCCGGCUGCGCCCUGGCCACGUCUCCGCCGCGGCCGGCGGGAGGGACCGAGACCCGGGGCCGGGGCGCGGCGCCCCAGCGUGCACCCGCCCCCAGUGACGAUGCCAUGGCCUGCGCCCCGUGACGCCGAGCUCCAGGCGGCGCGGGCAGCCAUGGGGAGCAUCUACAAGGAUUACUUCAACCCAGACAAGAUCCGGGACCACUACAACUACACCAAGGGGUUGACAGAGGGGCAGACCUCGGGGCGUGGCGCCUUCUCCAUCGCCAUUGUCAUCCUGUGCUGCCUCAUCGUGCUGGAGAACCUGCUGGUGUUGGUCUCCGUCUGCCGUAACAAGAAGUUCCACUCAGCCAUGUUCAUCUUCAUCGGCAACUUGGCCUUCUCCGACCUGCUGGCCGGCUUGGCCUUCAUGGCCAACGUCCUGCUCUCGGGCCAGCACACCUUCAGCCUGACGCCGGUGCAGUGGUUCGUGCGGGAGGGCACGGCCUUUGCCACGCUGGCGGCCUCGGUCUUCAGCCUGCUGGCCAUCGCCAUCGAGCGGCACGUGGCCAUCACCAAGGUGAAGCUGUACAGCAGCGACAAGAACUGCCGCAUGGUGCUGCUGAUCGGGGCCUGCUGGGUGAUCUCGGUGGCCAUCGGGGGCCUGCCCAUCAUGGGCUGGAACUGCAUGGGCCGCCUGGAGGACUGCUCCACCGUCCUGCCGCUCUACUCCAAGCGCUACAUCCUCUUCGUCGUCACCGUCUUCACCGCCAUCCUGCUCUCCAUCGUGGUGCUCUACGGCCGCAUCUACUGCAUCGUCCGCUCCAGCCACGCUGAGAUCGCCAGCGUGCAGACCCUGGCCCUGCUCAAGACGGUCACCAUCGUGCUGGGGGCCUUCAUCGUCUGCUGGCUGCCGGCCUUCAUCAUCCUCCUGCUGGACACCUCGUGCGCCGUCAAGGCGUGCCCCGUGCUCUGCAAGGCGAACUAUUUCUUCGGCUUCGCCGCCCUCAACUCGGCCAUGAACCCUGUGAUCUACACGCUGCGCAGCAAGGACAUGCGGAAGGAGUUCCUGCGGGUGCUGUGCUGCUGGGGCGUGGCGGGGCGCGGCAAGCCGGCUGAGCGCUGCAUGGUGCCCCUCCGCAGCUCCAGCUCCCUGGAGCGCUGCACCCAGAAGCAAGACCUGCCCACCUCGCCCAUCCUGCGGGAAUGCACCACCUCGGUGUGAGGCGCUGCAGGGACAGUGGGCGCUGAUCGGUACGAAGGGACCCGGCCCGGAGCCGGCUCUCCUGUGGGCAGUCUGCCGGGGCAAGGCGGGCGGGGACUUGCCAGGUACUGACAAUCUGGUUUGCGUGAUCCCGUCUUCCCGAGCGCCACCCACUCCUGCCGGGAUCCUGCCUGCUCCCAGCACGGCCUCGCCCAACCCACACGCCCACGCCCACCUGGCGCGCGCCCAGGGGCUGGGCGGUGGCUGCCUGGCUCCAUGCACGCGGGCCCAGGGGCCUUUCCGGCGGAUGCUCCGCCCUGGUCUGCGUGCGGGUGAACUGCCACCUGCCCUGGUACAGGAGGAGGGGGCGGCAGCGAGGGGCUUGCUGCACCAAGGCCGGCCAGGGGGCACGGAGGGGAUCUGGGCACAGUCAGGACCAAGCCCCCACUGCACGUAUUUCCCCUCACCAGCUGGUAGCGUCAGGGCACCAGGUGCCCCCCGCAUGGCGCCCGGCCCCGGCUCAGUGCGGCAAGCAGUCGCUGUCGUGGGCAGGGUGAACUGGGGUCCUGCUCCAGCGCCGCCCCCAGAUGCUCCUCUCCCCCAAGGGACGUGCAAUUUAAACCCACCGGGGCGGCCUCGCCAGCUGACCUGUUGGGGGUUGGGUUCCUGCAGGGACCGGGGGCACGGCUGGGCUGUCUGUUGGCCCCUCCCCCCCGCAUUCAGUGCCUUUCCGUCCCCCUGUCGAGUAACAGGGGCUUGAGCGGUCACUCAGCAAGCAGGUCUGUGUCGCUGUCAGUCCAUCUGUUCAUCCCUAUGGUACUGCCUGUAUGUCUGGGGUCCCCUCGGGCCCUGCUCGCCGCACGGCCGCCGGCUGGGAUCGGAAGAGGCUGAGCAGGGAACGGGGCAAGAACCUUCCAGGGGCCCACGCUUGCUUAGAGCGAGUGUGUCUGUGCGGUGCACUGUGUGUGUGUAUGUAGGCAGUGUGUGUCUGGCUGUGCGGUGCAGUUUGGGUGUGUAGGGUGUGUAGGCAGUGUGUGUCUGUGCGGUGCACUGUAUGUGUGCAGAGUGU